AUGGUGAAACUUGACUUGAACGAUGGCGCACAAAUGGUGCACCCAAACUUCAAUUAUCUUGCCGUUCUUCGAUACGGGGCCCGGAAAAGUCCAGGAGGAGGAGGAUCAUCAGGCCGGUGAGGAGCACAAAGGAGGGUCAGGGUCGUCGGGAGGAGAGGGGGGAGGAGGAAGAACCCUUCUCGGGGGCCCGAUCCUCGCCCUGGGUGUUCCUUGCCGACGGCAGUCGAGGACCGAAACCGGGCUGCAAGAACCCCGCGAUCGAGGGAAACGCCGGCACAGAAAAACGGCAGAGAAGGAGGAGGAUCAGGAGGAGGAGGAGGAUCAGGAGGAGGAUGAAGAUGAUGAUGAUGAGGAGGAGGAGGAGGAGGAAGAGGAGGAGGAGGAGGAGGAGGAGAAAAACGGCAGAGAACGAUGCCAGAGGUCUGGGCAUCCGGUGCGCCUCGACCAGCACGGCCGCCCAUCGCGCGGCGGCCGCGCCCCGUUCUGGCGCGCCAGGAGCGCGCUGCGGCGAAGCGACGAUCUCGAAGGCGAUCUCGAAACCGAUCUCGCAGCAGCGCCCCGAUAAUAAUAAAAAAUUAUAAUAAGAAUAAAAAUAAGCAUAAUAAUAAGAAUAAGGAGUUCAGUCUGAAACUGCACUCCUUCGCAGCAGCGCCCCGCAUGGCCCCACCACGCCGAUGCGGAUCGCAACGCGACCAUUGCCUCGCACCCGUCGUCCACGGAGUGAUGCAAGGACUCCAGACAGAAGGCAACCUGAAGACGUUUGCGAAAUAAGGGACGUCGGGAGCGGCGAUGAGGAAACACAAGCUCGCGAUGAUGUUGCAGUAGAUGUAAUAUGUGAACCAACGGAACAAGAAGAGCACCGUGCUGGAAUGCUUGUUCUCCCUCCAGCCGCACUCCCAUGGCCCAGUGGGCAUGGGGACCCGCCGCCGAACAGAACGCCGCGCCGACCGUCCGGCCUGCCGCGCGCGGGCAUGCCGGGCGGCACCGCCGGCGCCGGCGCGGCGCCCGUCCCGGGGCGAGGCCGCCGUGCCGUGCCCACCCCCCUGGGGGGCGGAGGCCUCUCCAUGGCUCCAGCAGGGUCUCUCCCUCGCGGUCUCUCUCUCUCUCUCUCUCUCGCUCUCGCUCUCUCUCUCUCUCUCUCUCUGUCUCGGGGCGGCUUGAGCCAAAUGGCAGGCUGACCGACACGUACACACAGACCCACACACACACACACACACGCACGCACGCACGCACGCACGCACGCACGCACGCACGCACGCAC